AUGUAAAUACAAAACGAGAGGAGGAUCCGGUUCCCAGGGGUGUACCCCUAGAGCGCCCUCUCAGCUCACCGGAGAAGACAAAGGGAUUUCUGCUGGCCGGAGCGAUGGAGCAAAGUGACAGAAGACCAUCCUCAGAAGAAGACGAGAGCACCCAAGAGACGAGGGAGUCCUGCAGCAGCCAACUGUCCAGUCUAGAGAUGGACUGCUCGGAGCCAUACGGCGAUCAAACAGAAGCUGCAGGAUCCAACAACCAGGAGAUGAAGAGCGCCUCCAGCAGCCUGGAGUCCUACAUGGACUGUUCGGAGGACAAAGAAGAAGAGGAGGAAGAGGAGGAGGAGGAGGAGAGACGGAAGGAAAACGAGGAUAACGAUAAAAGAAUCAGCGGCACGUGCAUCAGGGAAAACUCCCUGACUCUGACGGUUUCAUCUGUGAUUGGGGAAACAGAAACUUCAAAUGGAAAUGAGAAUGGGGGUCGGUCCUCACACAGAGAGAGUCUGUCUCAAGAUCUGUCUGUCACUGUACAGAUGAAUAUUUCAGUGUCAUCUGGCCACGGCGUUGAUUCAUCUCAGACACAUAAGAGGAAGAUUUCAGAGGAAGAUGAAGAGAAUAUGAACAAGCGCAGGAAGUCUGGGGAGCCUGACAGCACCUCCAUUCAAGUCGUCUUCCCCCAUUGAGAACGGGGCUGCAGUAUCAAAACCUUUUCCACUGGAGGGGUCAGCGGCCAUUUAUACUGAGGUCCUAAAGACUUUCACAGAAAAAAGAAAUGAUUAAACUACGCUGAAAACCAUGGCGGACUGUGAUACACGAGGAGGUUUAUCAUGAAGGGAAUCUUCAAAGUCAAUUCUGAGCCAAAUAUAUCAACUGUUUGUUAAUGUGCAUCUUU